AACGGCUGAACCAUUUGACCUAGCCAUGGCCGACAAGGAAUUACCAAUGCCGUCAAGGCAAAAGGACCUAUAUGAUAACUGGAAAGUCUACUCUCAAAGCGACAAGCUCAUGUUUCGCUGCAGCAAAAAAAAAGCAGAUUGGUACCUUAGUCGGGAUCUAGCUGCCUUACUUCCGGAAGACAAGGCAAUAAAGCUUUCAUUUGUGGCCAAAGGAGAUGGACACGCUGAAGGAGAUUAUAUGGUUGAGGACAAGGCUAACAUUUGUGUUAGCUGUGGGACGUCCAAAGCUCUCACCUUGCAUCACAUUGUCCCAGAUAUGUACAGAAGAUGGAUGCCAGAGGUCAUAAAGUCUAAAUCGAGCCGGGAUUUGGUUGUGUUGUGCAAGAACUGUCACUUGAAAUAUGAACAGCAGGCGGAUAAAUACAAGGAAUGCAUUGCUGCAGAAUACGACAUGCCUCUGGAGGGUCGUGGUUGGAUUUUGACGCCCGAUAAUAGUAUUGUACGAAAAGCGGCUUCAGCUGUGGCCAAAUAUCGCGACGGGAAAUUGCCACUUAUACCGUUGGAUCGAAUACAACAUCUUCAUAAGGUUGUGGAUGACUGGCAACUUGAACAGGGAAUGAGCGGUUCUAAAGACGAGAUAUUGGAAUGCGCCUUGCAGUUGACAGAUAGGCAUAAAGGGGUUCAUUUUGUUGACCAUGGCCAAUAUGUUGUGGCUCAGCUCAUGGAGGAUGAGAUGGUGAUACAAAACAAUAGAACGAGGUGGCCGGAUCUUGAAGAUUUUGUGAAAAGCUGGCGUAGACAUUUCCUCAAAUACUGCGAUUGCGACUAUCUAAGCGAAAAAUGGAGCGUUGACGCAGAUGUAUAUGUACAAUAGUUGCUGGCUUAAUCCUCAAAUCCAAAUGUUAUAUAAUCACUCUGUAUAUAUUUACAUCCAUACUUCCAUGGUAACCUCAUCAUGCCACAGACAAGUAAAGUUUAUCGGCACGAUACCAUUGUUUCCAUUUGCGGCAAUGCCGUUGUCGAUACAUAGAACGUUAUUUUGGUGUUUGACAGACCAUUUUGCCAAAAGACUUAGAAUAAAAUGAACAGCCAUGCACAUUGAAAU